AUGCUGCCGCGCGCGGUUUCCUCUUCCUCUCCGUUCUUUUCUUCGCCGAGGAGGAGAGUAAAGUCAUCGACGGCGUCGUCCCGCUCCCGGGCGAAGGUUUUGCCGAGAAACGUGUCGUCGUCGUCGACGGAAGGAGGAGGAGGGAAAGGAGGAGGCUCUGAAGCGGCAUCGAUAUCGGGGAAAGAACGACGGCGAUGGAUCACACCGAAACCACGUUCGGAGGAGGAGGAGAACGGAGAAGAAAACGUCGACGGAAAGAAGGAGAAUCAGAAGGAUGAGAGGAAAGAAGAUUCCUACCUGGACGAAGCGUUGAUAUCGCUCUUCGCGAGCCGCUUGGCGAAGUUUUUGAACGAAGGAGAAGAAGAAGAAGAAGAAGAAGACUUUUUUAACGAGGAAAAAAGAGGAGUAGAUUUCAAACGCGACGUUGCGAAUCGGUGCGUUCGCGCGGUUGCCAGAACCGCGAGCGAAGAGGAGCAACGCAUGUUCGGUUUGGCGAUCAUCGAGUCGUUCAUACCUACGAAAGUGGCGAAAGCGUUUGGCUGGUUUUUGAGAUUGUUUCCGGACUGGUUCGCGAGACGGCACGCGGCGUUCGUUACGCCGUUGAUUUUACCGUGGUUAGUCGGCGACGCGGAGGUGAACGACGUGCCUUUGGAGGCGCGCGCAAGAGGGAGCUUCGAGGAGAGCAAAGUGCCCGCCAACGCGUUCGAGGCAGUUUUUGCCGGGACAAAAAGUCAGCAGGAAGGGUAUAAGCAAGGCGUUUUGGUGAAGAGAUGCCGGGUUUUGGAGGAGUCCGGGUGCGUGUCGGUGUGUAAAAACGUGUGUAAGAUCCCGACUGAGACGUUUUUUACGGAAAAAGUCGGUUUACCAGUCACGCUGAUUCCGAAUUACGAAACUUUAGAGUGUCAGUUUUGUUACGGGCGCGUCGCAGACGGGACCGAAGGCGAAGAGGCUGGCGGAUGUUACGUUGGAUGCUUAGCAAGUGGAACCAAGAGCUGCGGUGUAGAUAAUAAUAGUGGUAGUGAUAGUAGUAAUGAGAGCGGUAGCGAGUUGUAA